GUAGGCCUGCGAGCUUCCUAAAUGAGUCAGUGUUGCGAUACGAAGAGUCAACAAACUACUAUAAUAGGCCUCCUUGUAUCUUCUCAUGAGGGUCUGUCUGCCUUGGAACAAACAUGAGCCCUUGCAACACAAAAUCUCCCGCCCAAUACAGCAUCGACUUAGGCUCAAAAUGCCGUACCACCUGUACAUCACAAACCGGAACUACUCGUCCUGGUCACUCCGCCCCUGGGUGCUCAUGCGCCAGCUGGGCAUCCCCUUUGUCGAGGAGUUCCAGCCGCUCACGUCGGGCUCGUUCCGGCAGCCGCAGUGGCGCGCCUUUUCGCCCGUCGCCCACGUGCCGUGUCUGCACUCCCUCCCGGACUCUCCUUCAUCAUCUUCGGAAGGGGGAGAGAAGGAGAAGCUGGUGUUGUGGGAGUCGCUAGCCAUUGUCGAAUUCCUUGCCGAGGAGCAUCGGGACAAGCCUGUUUACCCCGCAAACAAGUCCGCUCGCGCGUGGGCCCGUAGCGCCGUCGCCGAGAUGCACUCGGGCUUCGCCGUUAUGCGGCAGGAGAUGGGCAUGAACAUUGGCGUGCGGGUUGAGUUGAUGGGUCCGGCGUUUACUGAGGGCUUGGUGAAAGACCUGGAGAGGAUAAACGAGCUCUGGACGGAAGGGCUGAGCAGGUUCGGGGGUCCGUUUUUGGCCGGCAAGGAGUUCACGGCUGUCGAUGCCUUCUACGCGCCUGUGGUUCUGAGGCUGGUGACGUACGUCGGCGCGCUGGACAGGAUGGGGGACGAGGUUAAGGGUUAUGUGGAGAGGAUGACACAGUUGGAGGCCAUGAGGGAGUGGGUUGAGCUAGCGCUCAAAGAGACGGGCAGGGAGGUGCUGCAUGAGCAGGAAACGUUUGAGGGGCCGGGGAGGAGGCUGAUUGAGGACCUCAGGGCAAAAGCCGAGUGAGCGAGAAGGCAGAUAUAUAUGAUGGUGCCGUGACCCUACGUGUGUCGUGGUCACCCUUUCUUGGUGGCAUCUCAAAAUGGUGGCGUUUGUGAUAUGACACUGGGUUUUCAUGAAAUGCCCUGAUGAGUGUGUUGCAAUUGUGAGACGAGUUCAAAG